CUGGAGGUGCUUUCUUGUCAUGUGUGUUGCCAGCUUUUCCGUUCUGCGCUUGGGUAGUUCCCAGUUUUGAGCUCUGACGACACCGCUACCCUCGGUGGCCGUGAAGAUUGAGCUCUGCUGGGUUGACGCUGUGUGUGUCUGUCAUGGGAUGUGCACCCACUCUGGUGUUGGGGAUGCUGGCCGCACACUCAGCUCGUCACAGAGAUGCACGCCAAGAUAAUCACCCUCCAAGCGUCCAGCCCAGUGACCUCCAGCCCGUCACACACACGCAAACCACCUGCCGAGUGUCCAGCCCCCAACUUCCCCCUUGUGACUGGACCCUGACUUUCAUCAGAGUAAACUCUACAGACUUCCUUCCAGGGUCGGAUACUCUAAAAAUCAAGCAGUUGCCCAGAGCUCAGGGUCUUACCUUUGCUUUUUGGAUUCGGUCUGUACCUGGAAGUGGAAUUGCCAGGUCCAGGGGCGCGGAAGACGGAUACCUGCAGACGCCGGCACUGUCGCCGGCUCCAGCGCUCAGAAUUCCAGGGGUUCACUUUCCUGGCUGGGCAGGAGUGAAGGGGGCCUCACCGCGCCUGGAUUUACACUUGCUGGUCACGGGUCACGAACUCAUGGAAAGUUUCAAGGAUACCGCAAAGAACGUUUUGUUCUCCCUGAGCCAUUGGCCUAGGCCACCAGCCUCGUGCGUGUCAUCCCAAGAUGACGUCAUGAUGCCCCAGCGGGUGAGGCUGCAACACCAGGCUGCGGUUCAGCACCCGUCGAGCAUCGUCGGUUGCCAAGUGAGGAGAGAUCCCCCUAACUCCACCGAACGAUACACACGUUGGAUCAACCAGCUGACGCCUGAGCAGCUCCUGACGCAGGUUUUCACCGCAAAUGGUCCAACGGUGAUCAUGCCCACCUGGUUCUGUUCGCGGGCGUGGUUUUCCCACGUGGGCCCCUUUGACGAGGGAGGUCAGGGCGUCCCGGAGGACCUGUUGUUCUUCUACGAGCACCUCAGGAAGGGCGGCGGCGUCAUCCGCGUGGACCAGAGCCUCCUGCUGUACCGAUACCACCCGCGGGCGGCCACGCACUCCGUCCUUGAGACGACCGUCUGGACCCACCGCGUCCGUUUCCUGGAAGAGCAGGCCCUUCCCCGCUGGGCAGCCUUCACCAUCUGGAACGCCGGCAAGCAGGGGCGCCGGCUGUACCGCAGCUUGACCGCCGCCAGCCAGCGCAAGGUGGUGGCCUUCUGUGACGUGGACGAGAACAAGAUCAGGAAAGGCUUCUAUUGCCACGAGGACUCUCAGGAAAGACCCAAGCCCCGAAUCCCCAUCCUGCACUUCCGAGCCGCCCGGCCACCCUUCGUCAUCUGCGUGAAGCUGGACCUCACAGGGGGCGCCUUUGAGGACAACCUGAGGUCGCUGCACUUGCAGGAGGGCCAGGACUUCCUUCACUUCAGCUGACGGACCCACGGCAGCUGCUCCCAGAAGCCACUUGUUCCCUCCAUCCUCAGUGCAUCCCAGGCCGGCAGGAGCUUCGUGAGCUGCAGGCAUAGCAACGGUGCACCCCAGUUCCACACCCAGCAGGCGCAACCACAGAGUCUCGUGUGUGCUGACCACAGGAGCCGAACCUUUUCCACCGUGUGGACUCAUGUGGUCAAGGCUGGGCCUGGUCACCCAGGACCCUCACCACGUGACCCCAGCCAAUCGAGGGGACAGUUCGAGGAGGAGGAGACCCCAAUUACACAGGUUGGAAUAAAAUGUUUAAAUCUCGUAAAAAUGUAACACAAGGCUCUUUUAAGGGAUAAAGACUAUUGGCCACCAGGUCAAGCACAAGAACGGUAGUGUGUUAACCCCACACUCCUGUGUGGCCAGGUCAUCACACACAUUCCGUGAACAGCUGUCUGCUAAACAGACAGCAUGAACUGUCACAGUCCUGGCCUUGUGGUCCUGGUGACCUCACAAGUGAAAACCACGACUGAGCCUUGCCUCACAGAUGCAGGCGGCAUCUCCCAGUUCUGGGCCUGCCCAUGUUCCUGUGUCCAGACCCCAUCCCCACCUGAGAGAGCAGGCCGGGGAGCCACCCCAGUCUACACCACGCACAUGGCACCCCUGGGCUCUUCACCCAGGGAAAGUGCUGCUCACCCAAGCCCUUGGGCCUCUGAGUGGCCACACCUAAGGCUGCUUUGGUGCUGCUGGCGGUGGGGCGGUGGUUCUGCACCUCCAGCCCUGUGAGCACAGCACAGGUCCCAGGUAGAUGGGUGUGGGUUGCUACCACAGUGAAAUUUUUAUACACGUUCCCCUCACCAGCUUUGGGAUGGAUCAGCAUGAGCUCAAACACCGAGACAAAGGUAGCCUCCUGCCCUUUGCUUAAAAACCCAAGUGUAGACUCUGUCCAGGCUCUCCAAAGCCAGUGUAAUCGUUUCAGGAAUUGUAUUUCCCGCAUUAUUGUAGAGGCACACAUUGGACUCUGACAAUUCCCCUUGCAGCAGACAUUUGUGAAGCUGCUGGUCUGCACACCCAUCAACCAGUGACCCCUGCACUGCAGGGGGACCACAUGCACGAUGCUCACGUGUGCACAGGCGGGAGGACAGCACCCCCACCAGGCAGAUGGUCCCAGAAACAGCAUCUGCGCAGCACUCCAGACCAUGCCUGCCACCAGGGCUUGUCAGUUCUCUGGCCAUUUGAACCUCUGAUUUAACAUUCAUUUCUCUCCAAGACUGGGCAGACCACCAGCUGUGGCCAGACGUCUCCCACAGCAGGGACAGCACCAGGCGAGAAGGGGGCCUGGUCUCCAGGCAGGAGGAGUGGAACCCAACCCCCUCUGGCUGACCCCUGGGCAGUGAGCCCCUCCAUCACCCUACACGCAUCAGGCUCAGAGACAAAAGGCAGGAACUUCUUGGUACAUGAUUUUAUAGGAAGCACAUCUGUGUUCAAGUGAAGGCAGAGGCAUCCACCCCAGGUCAUUAGGGCAGGUGCAGAGAGGAAAAGCUGUCAGCUGGUGCCAGCCUCCGAGGGCCAGUGCUACCCUUCAACAGCUGGAGGCACCACCGUGCCAGGCUUUCCACACCGGCCUCCCUCAGGAACAAGACAUCCCCACCAGGCAGGGGUAAGGUACGGGCUCCAGGACUGGCUUCAGCAGGCGUGAGGCUGCAGAAGAGACAGGACAAGCUCAGGCUGGUCAGCUCCAUCACACACCAUUCCCAGCCAGGGGACCCUCGCCUCUCUGGGCCCUGUGUGGGGACUGACACUGGGUUCCUGCAGGAAACUAUUUGUGCCGUUUCCCCACACGCGGGAGCCUGAGCUAUGUGGCUGACAGGCGCUCAUGACUAACGUGUCCUCGGAACGGCACCCCGUCUGGGGAGCGGGAAGAGAGGUUCACUGCACUGCUCUUAACCUGCAUUCACACGUUUGAAAUUUUUCCUAAUAAAAAUGUAAAAAGCACAUUUAA